AGGACUUCCUUCACAGUUGCUGUUGGAUGCCAGUUUCGCUGCUUAGGUGACACGUAACUAAAGUUAAAGGUGUCGUAGGCCUCGGAAAUAUCGGGAUUUUGACUAAUGUUACAGGGCUUGGCAAAGUCUGAACGCGUUGCACUAGGAAUCUGUUACAUCCUAUCUGGUUUUGUUUCGGAAUAGAGUGGUGCGCAUUGUUUCUACAUUACGCACACUGACAAAUUCUGCUUCUCAUGAAAUAUCGGAGAGAGUUUGCUGUGUUACAUCCAAGGACUCUGCUGUGAAAAUCCAAGGAGAAGUAACAACAAACUGGGAUUCCUUUGUGGAUGUGGCUACACCCUGUUGUGGGCUAAAAUGAAUCCAACAUCUUCACUAAACUUCCCCCAACUCUAAAGGGUUUUUGCUCCCUCUAUGUCUAAUGAUGCUUGGGGACGACUGAGGUGAGAAGGGGCUUGAGAGGUGCUUUGAGAGGUAGUAGCAAAAAGUUUAGCCGAAGUUUCAACAGAAGUGAACGGGAGAUUGCUUGUGCAGGCUACGGGGAGGGGAGCUAUUCAACCAUGGGGAACGGAGUGUGUUCUCGAAGGCAGCGGAGAAUCUUCCAGUCUCUCCUUCUGAUCACCGUGGUUUUCGGGAUGAUUUACGGGGGGAUGAUAUCGUAUGAGAUGCACAAACAGCUGAAGAGGACAGAGGCGAUGGCUGUCAAGUACCAGCAGCAUCAAGAGUCGCUCUCCGCGCAGCUUCAAGUGGUGUAUGAGCAUCGCUCGCGGUUAGAGAAGUCUCUGCAGAAGGAACGCUUGGAGCACAAGAAGGCCAAAGAGGAUUAUCUGGUGUAUAAACUUGAAGCCCAACAGUCACUGAACAAGGAGAAGCAGGACUCCAGCAGCAGAUUCAACUCCUUACAUGGGCAGCACCAGAUGCUGAAGAAGCAGCAUGAGGACCUGAAGAAGCAGCACUAUGACCUGCAGGAGCAGCAUCAGAUUCAGGGAGAGGACCAAGGCAAGGCCUUGGACGAACACAAGGACCGCUUCGACAAACUACAGCAGACCAAAGAGAUGGAAGUCUCCAAACUCAAAGAGAAUGUGUAUAAUCUGCGAGAGGAGAAUAAGCAGCUGAGGAGAGCCCACCAGGACAUCCAUGUCCAGUUGCAGGAUGCACGGAUAGUACAUAAGGACUUGAAGGCUGCCCAUGAUCAGCUUGCACUGACGCUAGAGGACCACAAGAGUGCGCUGGCCGCAGCUCAGGUCCAGGUAGAUGAGUUUAAACAACUCAAAGAGACCCUGAUCAGAAUGCCAAGCCUUCGACAUGAUCAAAACCCCGCCCACCAACAGGCCCAGCCUGCUGCUGUAUUGGCCGAGCCCCAUGAACAGGGCCCGCCCCUACCACAGCCAGCUGCCUUAUUGGCUGAGCCCCACGUAGAAGCACACACCCAUGACGAAGAACAAGGGAACACACAGUCCAGGUUGCAUCUGCAGGAAGAGGUGGGCAAGCCAGAGUUCCAGUCUCAGCCUGCCGGGUCCCACCAUGCUGAGAAAGAGAAAGAGGGAUAUGGAGAGGGGGAGGCAGAGAGGAGAAGAGAGCUGGCGGAGGAAGAGAUGGAGCAGGCGGGGCAGCCCCAGAAGCUGGAGGAGGAAUCUGAACAACCACAGGAGGACGAGGGGUUGGAGGCGGAACACGACCAGCCAGACGACAACGCUCUCAACCGUCAGAGACGCCAACCACAACUGGAUCCACAAAGUGACAUCCACCUCGUCCCUGAGACCCACCUCCAGCAGGAGGCCCACGUGGCCCAGGUGGAGCGGGUGAAGUCUGCCUACGAGCAGCAGCAGGAGCAGCAGCGCCUGGAGGCUGAGCGGGCCCAGAGGACGAGGGAGCUCCAGCUGCGCCAGGAGGCCCUGCAGGCCCAGAGAAUGAGCGUGCAGAGGGAGCGAGAGCUGCGUCUGAGAGCUCAGCACGAGAGAGCGGAGCAGCAGCAUCGAGAGGCGGACCGUCGGGAACAGCUACUGAAGGAGGAGCAGCUUAGGAAGAAGAGUGACUAUGGGAACAUGAACAAUGACAUCGUCCAGGGUGAUGAAGAACCUCAUAUUGAUGAUGACGAAGAGAGGAACACCCACUUGGAGGAGGAGGAGGACGAGCAAGAGGAAGAGGACCACCGAGUACCACAACUACAGGAGGGGGCAGUAGAGGGGGAGGUGGACCCAGAGGAUGACCCUAAUAACCAGGGGGAGGAUGAGUUUGAUGUGGCAGAGGAGCAGCAUCCUCAGCACAGGGAGGAAGAGGAAGAGGAAGAGGAGGCAGCGCCGGCCAAACACACAGACACACACCCCAACCCCAAUCACCCAGCCAUAGAUGAGGAACUGGUGAUGGCGGUAAACCCCGACCAGCAGGAAGACAACCUGGAUGAGCAGUAUCCGGAGGAGGACGAGGUGCAGGAGGAUUUGGCCAUGGGGCAGAAGAGGGAGGAGGAGCCAUACAACGAGGAUAACGGAGAACACGAUGAAGUGAAAGUCCGGGAGGUCCCAGCAGGAAAAGCGGGAGAACACAGGAAAGAAGGAGAGAUCAACGAGGAGGAGAACUACGAAGAGGAAGAGGAAGAGGAGGUGGCGGUUGGACGGGACAAGCGGCCUAAUCGAAGGGAGAUGUGAGAUGGACAGAGACAUUGACCAAUGAGAGUGCCUUUCCCCAUCACUGGGAGCCAAUCAGAUCUCUCUAUUGUUCCUUAUUUUCCCUAAAGGAGAAAAACAGUCACCCACUCUGCAUUCCCUUCUGUGUGGGACUGGAACUGAUGAACUUCUGGACAGAAUUAUCCUACUGGAACUGGGAAUACAAUCUAUAAAUCUGUCUGUCUGUGUCUGUCUGUGUGUGUCUGUCUGUCUGUCUGUCUGUCUCUGUCUGUCUGUCUGUCUGUCUGUCUGUCUGUCUGUCUGUCUGUCUGUCUCUGUCUGUCUGUCCAUCCAGUGACCUAUCAGACAGACAUGAGAAGGUAAUGUUACUGUAUGCUAUUUGUUUGUGCCCAGAAAGAGAUGGAAGGUUUGUGUCUAUUUGAGUGUCAGGCUUUUCGAUUUGGUUUUUAUCGAGGUUGUAUUUACUGUUUUUUUUUUACAGCAAAUUCCUCUCAAUGUAUGUUUAGUAGGACAUGCUUUCCAAUCUUCUGUUUAUUUAUUGUAGAUGGGAUGAUCGUUUUGGGUGGAGUUGAAAAUGUUUUUCUAAUGUUCUCAAUGCGCAAUGAAAGUAACUGUCAUUACUGCAGGAGAAACCUACAGUAUAAUUGAUGCCAAUAAUAGUAAAAAAAACCCAUUCAUUUUCA